AUGGGGAACGCAAGCUCGCAGAUGCUGGAGGACAUUGUUCAGGGGUCGAAUUUUGACCGCGACGAAGUUGACCGCCUGCGCAAGCGGUUCAUGAAGCUGGACAAAGACAACUCUGGUACAAUCGAGCGUGACGAGUUCCUCUCCCUCCCCCAAGUCUCCUCCAACCCGCUGGCUACGCGCAUGAUCGCGAUCUUCGACGAAGAUGGCGGUGGCGACGUCGACUUCCAGGAGUUCGUGUCCGGCCUCAGCGCGUUCAGCUCCAAGGGCAACAAGGAGGAGAAGCUACGCUUCGCAUUCAAGGUGUAUGACAUUGACCGGGACGGGUACAUUAGCAAUGGGGAGCUGUUCAUUGUGCUGAAGAUGAUGGUGGGGAGUAAUUUAAAGGACCAGCAGUUGCAGCAGAUAGUGGAUAAGACGAUCAUGGAGGCGGAUCUGGAUCGCGAUGGCAAGAUCAGCUUCGAUGAGUUCAAGAAGAUGGUGGAGAACACGGAUGUGUCAAUGAGCAUGACACUAGACCAGUUUUAA